GAACGUGCACGAGAACGUCCGAAGCCGGGCCGAGCAGAUGACGUUCUAGGACGCGGCGACAUGGCUGCGGUGUUCGAUUUUCACGAAACUAAAGCACAGUAUUGUCGUCGGUCGGUUUAAAUCGUGACCCGCUCUCUCGUCCAGCACCGAUAGCGGACAGUGCCUGUAAAGUGUCGCGGAAAGUAGUCGGAAAAAUGAGCAGACAAAUUGCGCGCGCGAUCCAUUCUCACCCCUCCUUCUCCCUUGCGCUCGCUCUCUCUUCCUUCCUUCCGUUCCAGCCCCCCUCCCUGUAACACUUUCGCAUCCCUGGUUCGUUCGGGCUGCAAACGUGUCGCGCGAUACGACGCGACGUUUCACUGUUGUUUCUUCGUCUUUCUCCACCCUUCUCCCCUAUUAGGUACAUUUUCUUCGCGUUAAUCAGCGAUAAUCGUAAGAGUAACUAGAGGAAUAAGAAUAAGAAUAAUGAUGGCGUGAUUCGUUCCGACGCGAAGCUCGAGUCGGGGGUAACCGAGAUGGUUCGCUCCGGGUUGCCGAAGUGCGUAGGUACGCAUAGAGGGAAAACUCGCGCGGACGGAUCGUGAGGGCAACGGGGUAGGAAUUACGGUGAAGGGGUGUGGUACGUGAUAGAACAGUUGAGUUUCGAUCGUUUUCACAGCCUUCGCCCCCGUCUUCUUUCCGAUUUUCUCUUUCUCGUGGAUCUAUGCACUAUCCUCCCUUCGCGUUGUGCUAUCUCCCGGUGUUCGUCGCCAUGGAAAUUAUGAUCGGAGCAGGAGCGAUAGCGGUGUCGUCAAGGUGGUUGGUGCUAGUGGCUGUGCUGGUACUGGUAGUGGUGUCGGUGGUGGUGCCGCUGCCAAUGGUGUAGCGCGGGUGUGCGCGCGCGGUGCUGUUUCGACAGCAUACAGUGCGGACGGUAGCUUUAGACUCCGCGGAAGAAGGGCCGUGAGCUCGACCGUGCUCCGAUGGCCUGAUAUACACUACGAAACGCGUAUAUGAAGCUACACUGCCCUGACUCGUCGAUCCAGUCGGUUGAUCGUCGAAAUGGAGAUUAGACCGGAGGAACGACGGACUAGAAGAAAAGGCGGUGUCCUGUAUCACGAUUCCAUCGCAUAGUGCGAUUCGUCUAGAAUGAUUUCGCGGUUCGAUCCCUGCACUUCUCCGUACAGUUUUUAUAUACGUUUACGUGGCUGACAUCGAAGAAGGCAUCGCAGCUUGUACAUAUGGAAAUGCUGCAAUGAAUAUCGAACACGUAUUCCGAACGGCUAAUCUAAAGCUUCGAGAAUGCGAUCCGGGUCACCUCGUAAUUUCUUGCCGUCUUACCGAAAUUUGAACGACCAACGAAGAAAUUGAAUUCUGAACGCGAAUCGAUUGCUUCCUAGUGGGCGUGCGGGGGUGACUGGAGUGAUGGGAUGGGGCCAGAGCCCCAUGGAGUUCGGGUAAACCCGUCUCCGGCCCAGCUCCCCAGCCCCCUCCGCCAUCAAUAUCGCCACUGCUCCUGCCAGCGUCGCAGAGGGCCGCCACGAUCGCGAUGGAGGCCUCUAGCAAUCAACAGCAGAAGGAGAAGGAGCCACGUGUUCAUAGGCCUUAUGCCUUCGAUAAGAUGGAGGGGCUGGUGCGGGAGAUGCAAGACCCUGAAAACGGGGUACCCGUGCGCAGCCAAAAGCAAUUUCUUACCUCAAUCCCCUCAGCUUUCAUGGGUGAGUGUCAUCGGUAUCUACGUUGCGGGGUAAACGUAAGCGGCUAUCAUGGUCAGGACACUACAGUAGGCUGCCUGCGUGUUGCAGGUUACGAUCUCAUCGAAUGGCUGAUGGAGCGGCUUUCCAUCGAAGAAUCAGUAGAGGCGGUCCACAUUGCCAAUCAACUCUGCCAGUAUGGCUACUUCUUCCCGGUAAAUGACUCCAAGACACUCACCGUAAAAGAUGAUAGUUCUCUGUAUAGAUUUCAGACACCAUAUUAUUGGCCAUGGCAACAUAGAACCCCUGAUAAUGUGGAGUAUGCUAUUUAUCUGGCUAAGAGAACUCUGCGAAACAAACAACGACAUGCUCUUGAGGAUUACGAGAUCGAGGCUUUAAAUAGCUUACGUAGAAACUUACAAAACAAGUGGGAAGCUAUACAACUUCAAGCCGAAGAGCAGGUUCGAUUGUCGAAGGAGCGAAAAAAAGGGGAUAAGAUAGUGAGUGAUUCCCAAGAACGAGCCUUUUGGAGAGUUUAUAGGCCACCGCCUGGUUGCCUCAGUAGUCUCGACAUAGCACCUGUACCUACGCGUUUUCGUCCUGGACUUUCGCGUCCGCCAUCGCGCAAACGUACUUUAACCGAUCUGCAGCGCGAGGUGGCCUUUUUGGAGAACAGCUUAACACGCACAAGAAUAAAGGUUUCAACUGCAAUUGAAAAUUUAAAAUCGUAUUUCGAAACGUACGUGGAAUACGAUCCAAUGUUUGUACAACCGCAACCAUCCAAUCCUUGGAUCACUGACGAUCAAACGUUUUGGCAACUAAACAGUUUUGUAGUGGAAAUUCCAACCGAAAAACGUGUUAAACGUUGGGCCUUAUCGAUGGAAGAGUUAAUGUCUGAUCCUACAGGUUUGCAAGAGUUCACGAAUUAUUUAAGAAAAGAGUAUAGUCACGAAAACAUACGGUUUUGGUUGGCAGUUAAAGACUUACGACACAGUUUCCAAGCACAAAUACCCGAUAAGGUCAACGAAAUCUUCAAAGAAUUUCUGGCUCCCGGAGCUCCCUGCGAAAUAAAUAUUGAUGGAAAAACGAUGGAAAAGGUUCACCAAGAGAUGAAAAAUCCAAGCCGAUUUACAUUCGACGCCGCUGCUGAACAUGUUUAUACGCUACUUUUGAAGAAGGAUUGUUAUCCUAGAUUUAUUCGUUCCGAUCAGUACCGCAACCUUUUAACAGCUGGCGCGCAACCCUUACAAAAAAAGAGAUUUUUUUACUUCGGUGGACAAACGAAGAAGAAAAUUUCUUCGACGUCAACCACAACACCUAGCACUUUGCAACACGCUGCAGGUAGUACAGUCGGUGGCAAACGCAGGGGAAGCGAUCGGAGCCUAUCUGGAUCUGCCCACGAAUUAGCUAUUUGCGGUGUUAGAGAUACAACGUCGACGCCCCGAGUGCCACAUUCUCACAGUCAGUCGAAUCUUACCGACAUACCAUACAGGGGAGAUCUGGCUCGAUUCAUAAAAAUCUCUACAAGGCCUAUCACGCAUAGUAUUCAGGAUGUUGGCACGUCGGAAGCAAUGGCUCGCCCUACAGACGACGUUUGCCCAUGGGACACGGCCCCAGGUCCCAGUACAGAGCACGCCACGGGUUCCGCGGGACCGCACCACCUGACAUCAUCUUCGACAAUGUUGUCAGUUGAAGGUCAACUCGAAGAGAGCGGCAGCAAUGUGGCCGGAUUGUUGCAAUCCGUCGAACUUUCACGCGCAUCUCGCAAAAAUUCGACGCAAUUGGAUUCCUGUAGCUCUUCGUCUGAUGUCAGUCUAGCAGUGACGGAGGUCUCCGAACACCUUCGGAAAUCAUGCUCCAUGCAGCACAGCAGUAGCAUAUGUGUCGCGCCAACGAUAACUGAAAGGACUGGAGCUGGGUCCGAGACGAUGGCCAGAAACUAUUCGAUCGGUUCAACUUUUAGAAGAGUGAAACUUGCAGAAAUCGGUCGACCGCCUGCGUCGUACAAUGAAGAGUCUGAAAGUCACAUUAUAAAAACGAAAGUCUUGUCCUUCGAGAAGGACUAUCCGAUGAGAGCUUCGGCUAAAGCUCCUGUAAUAAGUAUUAGCGCAAUCGUGGGCGAGUUAACGGAAAAUCCGGACGACGGUUGCGCGAGACUGGCGGAGGUAGAGGAAAAGAGGGAGGAAGACGAUUUAAAACGAAAAGAGUUAGAACCCGAUAGAAGUGAUACGACUGAUACUGCCGAGAAAGACUCGGCGGAUCUGGCUCAAGCGAAAUCGGAAACCGUGGAGUUGCUGGAAGAGGCGCAGGUUGUUCCUGUUUGGAAACCGGACACUCAACAGAGCGAUCAGACAGCGCCUGUCGCUCAAUCGGCAGCUCAGCGAAAGCGUGACAAUAACGUUAACGAAGUUUGCCCGUGGGAAGACGAGGAAAACUGCAGAGUGGAUGCACCGUAUGUAAAAACUUAUUCGACUUUAGGUUAUCUAUAACUUAGCGUUAACACCAAACUUACACUUUACACAUAAACAUUCAGAAGUGCAAUCUGGAUUUUACUUUGUCUAAGUUCGAGUGCCCGAGCUUACGAAAUUGCUUUACCGGUAUUUUCAUUUUUUGUCACUUGAUUCUCGGUAGCGAUCGAGAGAGAAACGAAGGAUUAUUUGCCAACAUCGUUUAACACGGCGAGGAAACAUAGUCUCGGCGGAGGAAGAUAUAUCGGAAAGACUUCGUUUGCAAUUUAAAGAUAAAGUAUUUACGCGGAUGCGUGCAAUAUGUAGUGGUAUCGUGUAUAUAAGUAGCGAUAGAGAUGUUAAAACGCUAAACGCAUUUAAUGCUAGUACACGGGGAAUACUCCUUGCAAGUUGCAUCGCCUUGAGAAAUGUGUAUGUGAAGGCAACUUCGAGACGUCGUUGUUUCAAAAUACAUCCUACGAUAUACCAUUUUAUUUUAAUCCUGAAGGAUACAAUAUUAUUGAUUUAUAGAAAUUCCUGCAAAGUCGUUUCUGCGUACGUAAAUCAGUAAACUAUGAGAUGUACAUUAGAGUAAAAUAUUUCAGCGUGCACUGAAAUUAGACAUUGAAUUGUGAUUAAAAGAAAGAAGUAUAUACUAUCAUGUCUAUCUAUGUUGCUAAACGAUGAAAUGUAAUUUAAGGUACUUGGUGAUAUAUUUCUCUGUUGAACGAUCGAACGAUCAGAGUAGCGACGCGUAUGUCGAGAAGACGUUUACGUUCAGUAUUAUGAAAGUAUUAAAGGCAACAUUACGAUCCGCGGGUGCUUGUCAAAUAUGAGCCCAUUGACCGCUCCGGCAAGUCGUAAGUAUCUUUAAUACUUUAUUUCGUACGGAUAAUGAUCCUUUAUGCUUCGGUAAUUAUUUAUUCUCUCGGCUACAGGAAAACCUUUCUUCUUUUAAUACGUUAAAUAUCUACGUAUCACAUUAUUAUUAUUAUCAUCAUCAUCAUCAUCAUCAUAAUUAUUAUUACUAUUAUUAUUAUUACUAUUACUAUUAUUACUGCCAGUAUUAUUAUUAUUGUUAUUAUUACUCGUUGCCAAUGCGUUUUAUAUAUGUUAAAUAUUUUUUGCACAUACAAUUUAUCGAGAAUGUUACCAUUAAAUCCAAAUAGAUCGUUUAUGAAAAAAUGUCGGUUAUUUAGAUUACUGUUCUCGUAAUAGAAUCGCUAUAAUGCGGUAAUAUUCGACUAUUGUCCAACGUAAGUGGUUAGUCGUACGUUUACCUGACGCGUAAAAACUAUCCAAGUACAAACUAUUUAAUGCGAUGAAUUAUUAAACUUGCUUACGGCCUGGAUUCACUACUACGGCCUCUGUUAUGUUUAAGACAUAAGGUAAAAGUAAAAGAGUCGAGUUGUUUCGGUUUCAUCAUAGAAAUUCGAUGUGUAAACUAUUACCACUAUUACUACUCGCUGUCUGUAAUUCUGUGAAAUGAAAUUAAGCGGAGGGAGAAACGAAGAAAGCUAAAUAGGAAUGUAGGAAUAACGUUUCAAGUUUCGAUCGCCUAAAAAUAUUUGUCUCUGAAGAUGCUUCGGAGGUGCAAUGGAUUCUUGGUACUGUCGCUGCCCCAGUACCUCGAGUCCAUCAAUACGGAUUAAGUAGAUAUCGAUAAAGGUAUAAAUACACGUUGAUCGAACGAUUCAUCUACUUCUCCUUCUACAAAAGAAACGGAUUAAAGUGCUGCUCGAUGAACACAACUGGAACGUCUUAUUGUAUUUUAAGGACGAGGAAAAUAAACUCGAAUAACCGCUAAUCUAGGUAAUUAUAUUUACAUAAAUGUUGCACAAAUCACAAAAGAAAGUACAGAACGACAAAUGUAUCGAGCAUCUGUGCGCGUGCUCCGCUCGUUAAAUAAAAUGACUACGUUUUUAUAACAUGGAAUGCUGACGGAAUGUAUCAAUAAUGUGAUCGACCAUUGUCCUGGCGAAGGUUCAAAUAGUAGACACGAUCGAUUUAACGAAGGAAAUUUAAUGUUUCUCGCCGAGCACACUUGGCGGAAGUCGUAAAGGUUUUAUCUAACGGUAAGAGAAUUACGUUGAACGAGACUACUGCAUACAUAUAUCUGGGUAUUAGCGAAUAAACGUUUCGACGAGCGAUUAAUAUUCCUUGGAUUAAUUUCAUUCCGUUUACACGAUAACGUUUACAUUAACAACGUAAAGAGAGGUAGCCUAGAGACGAAAAUAAAGUAUUUAGUCUGUAUUAGAGUUCGGGCACUCGAGGCGAGUCCUAAGAAAUUUAAAGUAUUAAUAAUGGAGAACGUACCGGUAAUUUCGGAGCCCCUUAUAAUUAUUGUAAACAUUCUCAUUCUAGAUAGAUAGUCAUAAAAGAUGAUACGAUGAAAAUGACAAAUAUAUUACAGUCCUUAGGGAAACGAAUAUAACACGAGUUCAGUAUAGAUAUGUGUUAAGAUUAUUCGGUUAAUCGUGACUGAAGCUGUCGGUAAGAAUAGUCUCGUCGUAUGACUGGAUCUUAUUUGUGAGCUGCGACAAUUCAUAACUGGAGGGAAUUUAUUCGUUUACAUUAUCUUGUAUAAUUCUAUUCAAGGAAUUCUGGGAGUAUCUCCGGAAGGAAGCUUCAAGACGAAUCAAAAACUAUUUUUGUUCUCCAUUUUCAGAGAUAUUUAUAUAUAUACAGAUACCUAUAUUAUAUAUAUAUACUUAUAUACGCAUUUCCGUACUGUCUGUACAACUUGAAUGAUAAACAUUGAAGAAUAGAUUUUAUCCGUCGCGUAUUAUAGUAUUGAUCUUGUUACCAUUCGAGGGACAGCUUAAAGGAUCGCUAUAUACUCUGGAUCUUCUGUCGCCAUUUCAUUUCAUGCCACUCUUAAUACGGCUAUAUUACAAACACCAUUAGAUUGCAGUGAAUCUAGCAAAUGGAAAUUGAUACGAUUACUAAUUAUAUUCAUUCGAACGGAAUUAGGCGUACACGGAGUUUGUCUGAAUAACAUGUAUGCACGUGCGUACAUACAAGCGGAUACGAGGUGAUUUCUUACGAGAAAUAUUUAAAAAUAAUUAGAGAAUAAUAGGUAUUCGUUCGUCCGAAGUUCGAGGAACUUUUACGAAAGUCGAGUUCAUAAAUCGCACAUGUGUACAGUUACGAUUAAAAUACUGCUGUAGUAUGUGAACAGUUUUCAUUCGAUUACUGAGGCCACCGGAUACGCGAGGAAAAAAUCGAAGUUAACGAGUACAAAGAGUGGAGAAAAAGUCUUGUUAAAUGCAGCUUUGUAAUUAUUUGAUAAUACAGUAUUGUUGCUAAAAUGUCCUUUUGUUCUUCCUGGAAUUUAAUAAUGCGCGAUAUAUAAUAAUUCGUUCAUACAUGCUAUUCAGCCAGAUCCUGCUGUAUUACACCAGUAGUUACAUUUACACGGGGCAUUUCAAAACAUGUAGGCAUAACUGCAGAGAUAAAUUGAUCAGACAAAGCUAAUAAAAAAGUUUCUCUAACCAUGUACUCUGAAUGACCUUAUUUCCAGAAUGUUAGUAUUCUAAUUGUAUCUUUUUAUCAACUAAGCGAACGUAACGUUUGCCUCGAUUUCAUUAAAAAUAAUUGAAUAAUCAUAAAUUAUUGAGCUUCACUACAAUUUUCUAAACAUCUCGUAUAAAUCUCCUCUGAAUCUCCUCUGUUACGAAGAUUAGAAAUGAGAUUUGCAGUAUCGACAGUGAACAUCCGAACAGAAUCAGUUUGGCCAUCAUACUUGCAUUGAGAUUCAUUGAAGUAGUGACGUAAAUGCUUUAACGCGAAGAAAGUACAACUUAAUGCAAUUUCAUUGAAUUUUCUCUGCCAACGAGAUUCUUUUUGUUAUCUCCACGUAUCCCACUAAACUUCGAAGAUACGUUUAUAUAUUUCGAUAUACCCUUUCGAUACGAGAACAGUAUUAAAUGAACAGCAACAAGAGAAACAUCCACGAUACUUCUGAGAAAGUACAAGCUGCAAAAUUUACCAGUUGUAAUUUUAUUAUUACAAAAUGUAUGAGAGCUACUCGUUUAAUCGGUACGUUUCUGAUAAUAUAAAUUUUUUAAUUUAUUUAAAAUUACUAUUUCAAGAUUUCCCGGAUACGGCAGUUCCGAACCAUACGAACGAUUCAAUUUUUUCACUAAGAACGUCUUCCAGUGUUUUGAAUGAAAAUUAGUAGACAAUGGAAGUUAUAAAUAGAAUACAUUAUUUUGAAUUAUAUUGAAUUGACCGUUUGUAUUGUAACACGAGAGAAUAGGAGAAAUAUAACUUAAGAUAAGAUAUAAUUUACAAGUAAGAGUGACAUUUAUUUAUUGACUAGAGAUAAUUUAAGGUCCCAUGUUAAUCGUGUUAUCAUAAGUCAGAUUUGCGGUUUGCCAAAUUUUACAGAUAUAUUAUCAUCAGUAUUGCAAUAGGCAUCAUUCAAUCGAGAAUGUAUCGGUGAAAGUGGAGCAAUCCCAGAAUAGAUUCAAAUAGUCGUAUUCUUUCUUCAAGGAUGUAACGUAGCCUUUUUGAAGAAUGAGUUUGUUCUCCUAUGUACUUUAUAUAUUUCACACGUAUGUAUGUACAAUUUUGCUAACUGAAAUUCGUUUGAUUUCAAAAGGUACAUAAAAAAGUAUAUACACGGCGCAUGACGUGCGAAAUUGAAAUUAAAUUUACAAAAUUCCUUACCGAAUGCUAAGGUUUUCUUCUUGUUCUUUCCCCCUCAGCCUGGAUAGUUAUGUAACAAUACAAUUGAAUGAAAAUGAGCCAUAUUUACCACCGAAAGACUGACAAUGUACCUGAAAACCCCAACAAAAACUACAAGCAACAACGAGGCUCCUAACGAAAGAGUUUAGAACGACGAGUAGUGCUGUCCGAACGUUUCGAUGUUGAAAACAUUGCUGACGGAAAAUACAAAAAGAAAAAUGAUUACGCCGCGUUUGUGAGGAAUCUGGUGACCGAUUCAAGAUUUCAGCGAUCCUUGGAGUGUCCCAUAUGAUGUUUUAUCCGUAUUUUAUAUUAGAUCAAAUUAUUCGCGUAUUACUUUCGCAGGAGUUCAGGGCUUAUACACUUAUUGUUGUUAACAAUAAGUUAAGAGGAUAAUGUAGAAGCUAUUUAUUAGUUUCACUUAUUAUACGAUUACUUUCUAGAAAAUUUCUAACACUUCGGUUCGAGGAAUAUCGCUUUUAUUUCAUUUUAAAAGAAAUUAUUUUCCAAAAGUAAUUCGAACAAUAUUCUUAACAAUAGUAUCGAAGUAAACGAAUGAGAAAGAUAAAAGAUCGUAACACACAACGGUACGAUUUCGUUAAAUACGUUUCUUUCAAACAGCUAAAGUUCGACAAAUCAUUAACAGACAAAAUAAACGAGGUGUACAUCUUUAUAUUUCAUAAAUAUUGGAGAAAGGAAGAUUAACGUGCAUUUAUAUUAACAGUUUUCAAGCCUUCGACUAUUCUAGGCAGAGAAAAAGUGCUUUUCGUUCAUUUUUUUCAAAUGGAAAUUGUGCGAGAAAAAUAGACGACAGUAUAAUUCAAAAGGAAAUUAUUAGAUUUUUGCAUUGAAAGAGGAUCAGAAUUAUGUAUGACUUUAAAAGAAAUAAAAAAACGAGGCAAAGGAAACUCAUAAAUAGAAUCCAGAUAUGUAUGAAUAUGUAUGAUUAUAUAUUAAUAUAUAUAUAUAUGUGUGUAUAUAUACUCCCGCUCAAAAGUUUGAAAUCAUCGAUUUAUCUAGAAGAGAACCUGUAAUAGGUCUCUGAGAAAUUACUUACACGAAUGAAUAUUUAAAUUUUUAUAUAUUUCAAUUUAGUAUACGCAACGAUAGAAAAAUAAGAUUACUUUGAAAUAAGAUAAUUAUUUAAAAUUAUCUUCUGUUCCAUUUAAAGGGAAACUUUUCCAAAAUAGUACUAUCUCAAUAUUCAAUUGUAGAGAUAACGCACUGGCUAGUAAUUCUUCAUUAAUUAAUCGACGGACAAUUAUUCGCCUACUCCUCUCGUAUAAUUAGAACUUCGAUUCUUUAGUCUGCAGAACAUAAUAGCACUUCCAUGGUCCACUUUUUAUGCUCCCUAGCUUAUUGCAAUUGUUUCCUUUCAUUUUUUUAAGUUUAAGUAAAUUAAUCAACCGGAUUGUUUUUUAUUCUACUUUUUAGCGUGUCAAAUAUAGUAUAUACAUUAAUUACCGUAGGUAAUUCUUACUUUUGAGCGGCAAUGUGUGUAUAUAUAUAUAUAUUAUAUGUGAAUAUAUAUAAACCAUUGUAUUAUAAUCAGCCAUGAUCGUUGAAUAGGCAAUUAAUUUAGUCGGAAUUGCAGCAUUCGAUUGCCUCAUUUGAUCCGUACCGUACCCAAACCGAUAAACGAAGUUUCCUAGCGGAGGACAAAUUUUAGAAAACUAUGUUAUUACAUUUUAGACUAGCGAGAGAGAGUCGUGUGGCGCGGUUAGGGCCCAUUUCGUGUAUUUGUAUGAAUAUAUGAACGGCAUGAAUCAAAUGAAAUGGCGUGCAAAAUAAAAAGGGAAGAAGAUCUUUGUACCAAACACUUUGUAAUUGCGUUAGUGGUCUACAGCACGCCUAUCAUGAUUCGUUUCAACACUGUAUUCAAAUGUUGGACACAUCCGGUGAUUUACUUAUUUAUUAUUCAGCAUACAGGCAUACACGAAGAAUUUGAAUAUAUAAAUUGUUGGUGGAAGAAAAAAUCGAUUUAUCAUAUCUUAUAAUUAGCUUUUCAUUAAACUCUGCAAAACUAGUUCACAACUAAUUCAAUUUCAAGACGCAAUUGAAUAGUUGUGUUAUAAAGGAACCUCAAUUACAUAGUAGAUACCUGGAUAGUUGAGUAACUUAAUUUUUCCUGAAAUAUUUGAUUGCUUAUUAUUAAUGGUAGACAGAAACCAAACUAAAAUAAAAAUGUAGGACUUUUCCUCGUGCAGAUAUUCUUCCUGAACUUUCAUACGUUAAAGUUAAGUCCAAUGCGAUAAAUUGUUUCUAAAUUUAUUUCCCGUCUUUAUUUUUCGGCUAUCAAACGAAAUUGUCUUUACAGAUAUAUAUAUAUAUACAUAAGAUAUACAUACAUAUGUACAUAUGUAGGUGCUUAUAUACCUACCUAUACGUAUCUAUUUUAUUCGUAAAACAAUAUUUAUUUUACUUGAGGUUCUACUUUAAUUUUAUUUGUAUUACAAUGUCAUGUAAAUCGGUUCUUUCUUCGGGCUGUCUCGAUAUUGUUAAAUUACACGCGAGAAGAACAAAAAUGCAACGCGUUUGUUCUGAGACAACAGAGUACGUCGUAUAAUAUAAAAAAAAAAGCUGUAGUGUAUAUAGUUUUGUAAAGUAUCAACAGUGUAUAGUCAUCUAAAUGAUUGAACAGAGCUGCGUCGACGUAUUCACAUCGAUAGAGGCCAAUGUAAACUAUGCGUGACGAAUUUUCAUGAAGAAAUUAAGAUAUCCAACACACAUGGAUACAACACAACCGCAUAGUUCACCACGAUCACUAAAGUAAAUUGUUGCAUUGAAGAAAUUUUAUGACGCGUAAUUAAAUAACUGGUCAGUUUAUUAAACUUAGCUGCCAUUACGCAUACGUACAUGUCUCUAUGGAAACAAAUGCGUAUACGUAAAAGCAGGAAGAAUGUUGUUCGUUACAUAUGUAAUAUGUGAUACGUACGUAAUAUUUUAAGCUGUCAAUAGAAUGUCCUAAUAUUAAAUAUUAUAGUGACAUUAAUUGUGCUUCAUUUAAAAUUCCCUUAAAAGUUACAUUAGAUCUCGUUUAGGUCGUCGCACGAUUUUUCUAUAGCUAGUAGAGAAAGCUAACUAUUCGAAAAAUAGAGAUUUCGAAUGUCAAAAAUAAAUACAAUGACAGUAUUUUGCACGUUGGAUGCCGAAUUGAGAACACUGAAUUAUCUCGAAAAAUAUAAGUGAUACGAACAAAAUGUGCCAGACAAAAGUUACAAGAUGCGAAGUACCCAACAUAUCACGACAGGAG